GGCGGGGCUGAAGCGUCCUCUCAGCUCCAGCUCAGCCAUUCCACUAGAGAGACUGAGGGAGUCCCACACAGCGCUAAACAAUCACAGACGAGUCUCUGCUCUGCAGCGCGUAGCCGUCCAGCAGCUGCUUUUCCUCUCGACCCUCCUGUUGGUUUGUUUUUUUAAAUCGCAAUGUCGGUGUUGAGUCGCCUCGUCGUGUAACUGUGAGCUUGGAGCAAUGGAGAGAGCAUGUGGAGUGUCGCGUUGCGGGAGCAGUAGGAGUGUGGCGGAGCGGGGGAAUCCCACAGCGAGGCCGGGGAACAGCUCACCGAGAGCGGGCAGGAGCAGCUCUCCUAGUCCCGGACGUGGAAGCGAGAGCCCGUCCCAGAGCCACAAGCGGCACUUGGAGGGAGUUCUCAACAAAUACACGAAUUUGCUGCAAGGCUGGCAAAACAGAUAUUUUGUGCUGGACCCUGAGCUCAGUCAGCUGCAGUACUUCUUAAAUGAGCAGAGUAAGAACCAGAAGCCUCGAGGCUCCUUGCCUCUGAUUGGCUCUUCGGUGGCCCCGAGUGAUGAGUUUCCUUUCAUGUUCACGGUCUAUGCUGCUAACGGAGAGCUCUUCAAGCUGAGAGCCCAUGAUGCGUGUGAGCGGCAGCUGUGGAUGACCCAGCUCCAACUCUGUGCCCGUCGCCACUCAGAUAGCAGUGCCAAGGGCUGCCGCUCCUCCUCGGCUUCCUGCUCUUCCUCAGCUGGCCGGACCCGCAGCUUCUCUUUACUCCCGCACCCUGUCCCGCCCUGCUCCUCCACCACCACCCAGAGACAGAACUCCCUGCAUGGCCAUGGGACCCCCGGCUCCAUCAUCACCAUCACCCACCACAAAUCCCCCAUCACCAGCCUCCGGACCUGCAGCCACAAUCCUGCACACCUGCACCAGGUCAAAGAGGUCAUGUCACAGGCAGAGGGCCAGCAGAAGAACCUGUUGAACUCCAUCGAGUCUCUACCCAGCCGUGGGCCGCUCUCCUCGCUGGAUCCCGACCUGCUGCUGCUCAAGGCCACGUCUGCAGCCACACUCAGCUGUCUGGGAGAGUGUCUGAGCAUUCUCCAGCACAAUGUUAGCCAGGCUGCUCGCAACAUUACCGCGCACACACAGGGGAUAAACACAGAAAACAUUUCUGGCUGGCCGGGUCUCAAGCCUACCUCAGACGAGCCGGUGAAGAAUGGAGGAGUGACAGGCCUGUCUACCUCGACUUGCAACAAACCACCUGCAUCCCCAGCACACAGGAGCAAAGACGUGCUGAAAGAUUCUGAGCGCUCCAGUCCAGAUACAGCAGACCCCAGUGAGGAGAACACAGACACUGAGGACAAUGAGGAGGAGGACCUGGGGGUGCUGGAUGACCAAAGGAGCAUCAUCCUCCACUUGCUCUCACAGCUCAAACUGGGCAUGGACCUCACACGGGUGGUGCUACCCACUUUUAUCCUGGAGAAGCGCUCUCUUCUGGAAAUGUACGCUAACUUCAUGGCUCAUCCAGAUAUGUUUCUGGCCAUCACGGCUGGAGCUACGGCAGAGGAGCGCAUUGUGCGGUUUGUGGAGUAUUACCUGACUGCCUUCCAUGAGGGCCGCAAAGGUGCUGUGGCCAAGAAGCCCUACAACCCCAUUCUAGGGGAGAGUUUCCACUGCAGCUGGGAUGUCCCGCGGGAGAAAGUGCGGCCCCUCAGGACUACCAGCUCCCCAUGCACUGUGCCCCCUGCCCCAGCCAAACCCGGGGAAUGCUGCCGUCUGUGGUUCGUGGCUGAGCAAGUCUCACACCACCCACCCAUCUCAGGAUUUUACUGUGAGUGCAAGGAGCGUCGCAUGUGCGUCAACACACACGUCUGGACCAAGAGCAAGUUCAUGGGCAUGUCUGUAGGAGUGUCAAUGGUUGGAGAGGGGGUGCUGCACCUUUUGGAGCAUGAUGAGCAGUAUGUGUUCACGCUGCCCUGCGCCUACGCCCGCUCCAUCCUCACUGUGCCUUGGGUGGAGCUGGGGGGAAAAGUCUCCAUCUGCUGCGCCAAGAGUGGCUACUCAGCAACUGUCACCUUCCACACCAAACCCUUCUAUGGAGGAAAGGUUCACAGGGUGACAGCAGAAGUCAAGCACAACCCCACCAGCACCAUUGUGUGUAAAGCCCAGGGUGAGUGGAACGGUACCCUGGAGUUCACCUACAGCAGUGGAGAAACCAAAGUGAUUGACACGUCUAAACUGCCCGUCAUAAAGAAGAAGAUCCGCCCGUUGGAGAAACAGGGCCAGUAUGAGUCAAGGCGGCUGUGGCAGCAUGUGACUGCGGCACUGAAGUCGGGAGACAUUGACUCGGCCACAGAGCACAAACACCAGCUGGAGGAGAGGCAGCGCAGCGAGGAGAAACAAAGAUCUGCCACGAAUACUCCCUGGAAACCCAAGUACUUCACCAAAGAGGGAGAAGCCUGGGUGUACCACAAUCCUCUGUGGAAGACAACUUGUUGAGGAAAACAAGCCAUAAGCCAGCUGUCCAUCACAGAGGCCAGUGCGCACAGAGGCAGAGCCACGGAGGAAGAGCGCUGGCCAGCCAAUGGAACAAGAGGAGCCGGACUGCACCAGAGCAGAGGCUGACCAUUUCUCUGACAUCUCCUAGAGAGUUAAAGGUGCCAAACACAAAUAAUAAUCAAACCCAAGAGUGGAAUUACCCACCCCAGCAGCUACCCAAAGACCCGAGAGUGGAGAAACCCAGCUCUGCAGCUACCAAAAGACCUGCCGCCCCAACAGGUGCUCAAGGACAUUCUUCCUUCCUUGCUACUGGGAGAAUUCACAUGUGGCGGCCAGAUGAAACAACUUUGCAGUCUUAUUUUUCUUCUGUAUUUAAGUUUGCUCAGUCACAUAUGCUUCCUGGUAUAUCAGGGUUUGGUUUCCUAAAAUUGUAGCACAAUGGACACCCUGAGAGGCUUUUGGAAAAAACCCAGUGCUGAUCAGCCGCUUCAAAUAAGGCGGAAUGCUACUGGUACACACAGCUGCUUAUGAGACUGAAAGAGAGGGCAGAGGAGUGUAUCACCCAAUCACCAAGUGUAACACAGAUGUCUGAUAUAAGUGGUUAUCAAGGUAAUGGACCUCUUAGCUUAACAGUGAUUGUUGCUUAUACAGUCAGACAUUGAGAAAGGGAAGUGCUCUCAGAAGGCUCGCACAGUAACUGCACAUUCCUGUCCUCAACACUUUUGAAAGUAUGAGUGAGGUUCCCAGAUUUCAUUCACUGUAAUAUCCGAUUCCUUAAUGAACUCUCGGUCUGUGUGAUGUUUGCCUCAGCUGGUAUCAAGGAGCCAAGAAAAACAGAGUGAUUAUACUUUUCUAAUGGUUUCUUUGCCUGAACAAUGAAAGGUAUUAUGAAAGAAGAGUCUAUACUUGUGUGAAGCAUAGCUUCUCUACCAGGGAGAGACGGGAACGUGAACUGAAGCAGAAACAAAUUAGCACUUUACUGAAGGGCAGUGUUCAUAAGCCUCUCAUGGCAACCACUAUAAACUUGUAUAGAAACUUAUAAAGGUUAUAGGUUAACAAGCACCAGUUGCCAUAUAACCUGCUGAGAGGAAAUGACAUCAGAAUGGACAAAAGCAGCCUUUGAGACAACUGAUUUAUAUAUACUUAAGUUUUUAUAGAUGUUUAUGUAGGUUUAGGUCAGUUGUCUUCUAGCCUUAUCAGUGCUAUGCUUCAGUAAAGUGUUACCAGCGCUGUACAAAAUCAUUCCCACAAAUCAGGAACGUCAGUGUAGCUGCAUGCAUUUCUGUCCCACUGGUUAGAAAGGCCUCGAACCUAUAUUUUAAGAAAAUUCUUUACUGAUUCCCAAAAUAAUUGUUUUUCACAAGUGUUCUCCAGCUAGCCACUGCACAUUUUACUACAUGCUGUUUUUGUUUUUUUUUGUAGUAAACGGAUAUGAACAUUCCUCUCAGCUCUUACCUCAUGCAGUAUAUACUCAUCAUUGAGGGAGGGACACUUCUGAAGUAGAGCAACGGAUUGUGGUCUUUGGAGGCAACUUGUGCUGUUACACCACCUUAUUUAAAAGAGCUACUUGGAAAUCUUAAAAGUGCAAAGCUUAGUUGAAAUAUCGUUAUACUGAUUACUUUGUCAGCCAGCUAUGCUUCUAUUGUGACACACAACUAACUCAAAUGUCCAUAAACAAAAAUGAACUUCACGGAUUUGAGUGUUUUAAGUUUUCACCUUGGAGUACCAGAAUCUCAUGACAUUGCACCAGGGGCUGACACUGCCUCUGAAUUUAGAGCUUGGAUCUCUCAGACUUGCUCUGUGGAUCUGAGACUGAACCUUUACACAGGCUCAGUUAAGGUCAGAAUCGUACCACACUCACCCAUGUUCAUCUUAUUCUCUACGUAGAUUGUAAAGUGAACCAGAAGACAUGACUGACCAGUCAUAUUUAAAGUUGACCUAAAAGGCAAAAGAGGCACUUUCAGGCAUCAUGUGAAUGAAGAAGCACUUUUGCACAUUGGUUAGAAGUGCAUGCAGCGUUGGAGCACAUCCUGUUGAUGGCCCAUGUCUGCGUGACAAGAAGUGAUGUGCAGCAGCAUAAUGUAUUCAGAGCUUAGACCAAACACUUUGUCCACUAGUGUAAAAACUAUGCAACACAGUAAUUUCACUGUACACAAUGAGGGAGAUGACACUCCCGCACUAGACAAUGUGUUGGUUAAAUAAAGAAAUGUGAAAUACUGUAUACUUUCCAGCCACUAGUGAAUAAACCCGAUUGAUAUAUUGGGGAUAAUUACUUGGAAUUAAGUGUAUAACCUAUGCCUGAACAACUGAGCCUAGAUCGAUCAUCCUUUACUGGCUAAUUAGUGCAAAUUGUUUCUUUUUUUUCAACAAUAAAAGCAAUUGUGUAGUAUUUUAUGAAUUUGUAAAAGCUGGGAGAAACAGUUGACCAAUGUCACUAAGUGACUGUAGAUUUAUGCCCACUAUUUAUAAAAUGCUGCACAAGUAAACAAAUGUUAGUGACUUAGAACUUCAUAUAAACAUAGUAAAUAUAGCAGGUAAAUUCAGUGCUUGAGCUUUCCAAUUGCUGUAUAGCAGAAAUUAAGUCACAAGCAAAUGAAGUCUAAACUUGUACUGCCACCUAGAGGACAGGCUUAUUUGUACCAAAACACUUCUUUACGUUAACAAAAAAAAUAAAUUUUCAUCUCAAUUUUGUAGCAGAACAAUCAAGACAAAUGUGAAGUACAGGAAAUGCAAUUUUCCAUCAAAAUUAAAAUCAAAGUUCAAGGCUUUCCCUUUCCCUGCAGUGGGCUCUACAUUCCUUCUACUGGAAAGAUGAUAUGGUGGAGCGAGAAUUUAACUUUAAAAAAUGUAAACACAUUUAUAAUUUUUUAUUAUAAUGAAACUGCUGUGUCUUUAAAAUAGCCAGAUAGCUAGACGGGGGGAAAAAACAAAACAGAUGAGACAUUGAAAAACAAAAAACAAAGUGCAAACAUGGUCCGCAGAUAAGGCAGAACCUUUCGUUUACUCCUUUAAUCACAAAGGCAUUGCUCAUUCUAACAGUAGCAUCCUUCCUUACUUUCCUUAUAAACUUUUUACAAUUCAUGAAAGAAACUCCAAUUUACACAACAGAGACAGGUUUUUCAUUUCUUGAUGACAUGCUGCCCUUUUUUAAACUUUCAUUUUGUUCUUAUAAAUAAAUACCUUUAGAGUCUGUUAUGUAUGAACUAGAUAUGAUGUUAGGCUGUUAGAAUGAGGCAGCAUAGUCCUCAGAAAUGACUUUAACCUUCCUCCCAAUCACACAGAGAUGAAGCAAAAGCAGUGCACUGAGGAAAGGAAAAACCAAAGAAAGAAAGGAAGAAAAAAAAAAAAAUACAUGGAGCAAGAGACCAAACCAAGAUCUGAAGUGUGUGAACCAUUCCUAUGACUGUCCACUAGUAGCGGUUGAAAGAAGAAAUUAAACCAAAGUGAGGGAGAUGCAGAUUUGUCA